UGUCAUUCCUGGCGCAUGUCCAUAUUUGGUGUGUUGGUCCAUAAAAGGAGCGUCUCGCAGCGCAACGCCAGUUCUGAGUGCAGCUCCAGCAGACCAGACCUUCUUCCAGUUCCCCUCUCAUCUGAGAAGCCGAUACCAACCUACAAGAUGCCUUUUCCCGUGGAGAAAUCUUGCGGAACAUGGAAGCACGGCAAACAUUCAGACAACUAUCAAGAGAUCAUGGAGAAACUUGGACUUCCUGCAGAGAUGUUUAAGAAGAUGCAGGAGUCGACUUUUCCAGUCAGUUCUUCUCUGUCAGGGGACAAAUUCACAUCUAAGGUGGAGUUCAUGGGGAAAACCCGUGAGAGCACUUUCACCUUCGGAGUGGAGAGCGAGGAGGAUGAUAUGUCGACAGGCAAGAAGAGAAAGGUGACCUACACCAUGGAAGGAGACAACCUGGUGUCCGUGUACCCUGACCAUGACGGGAAGGGGACUUCCGUGCGCCUCAGUCGCCAUUUUGUUGAUGACAACACCAUCCGCACCGAUAUCAAAGUUGGUGAUCUCGAGGGCUGGACAACUUCCAAUCGCUGUUAGACGUCCGAGAGGACGUUGACUCUUGUGAACCAGACAAGCUGACAGUUGGCUUUGCUGAGAGUUCUUCAGUGAUUUGUUCUGAAUAAAGCGUCUGAAUCUA